AUGAGUGGUGUCAAUAGUUUGGGAAGAAAAGUUUGGGAUAAGGAGUUUUAUAGCAAGAGUAAAGAGGAAAGAGAUCAAAUCAGAAAUCUUGAGAAUGUGAGCCAUGAAAAAAAGGUUGAUAUAAAGAAGAAUCUCUUUGAGGAGAGUGCAAAGAGGAGGGAAAUGUAUUUAGACAUCUCAAAGAAUGUUGGAGUAUUGAAAAGUCAUACAAACGGUGAGGAUGUGAGAAAGAGCAUCUCUGGGUAUUGGUGUGAGGUUUGUAAGUUCGGUUUUAACGAUUCACACUCUUGGAUUCGUCAUUUAAAUAGUCAAGGCCAUAACCAAAAGAUGGGGACUUCGUUAUAUGUAGAGAAGAAGUCACUUGAGUCUGUAAAAAGGCGACUUUCCCAGUUAAUUUAUGAUUACGAUCACGGUUUGGGAAUAUUCAGUAAAAAAGGUAGAGAAGAAAGUAGCGGUGGUGUUUAUGAUCAAUCAAAGGAAAGAGGCCAAAACCUAAAAAAGGUGGAGGGAAUAACAAGAGGGGAUAAAGCGAAUGAUAAGACUGUAAUUAAUAAGGGCGAAGAGGAGGAAAAUGUAUCAGAUGAGGAGACAAGAAAGGAUAUGCUACAAUACGAUUUCCCAACAACCUUUUCAUAA